CCCACUCCUGUCCUCCGUCCUCGCGAACCAUCACCGGAACCUGAGUUCCUUUCACUCGACGACCAGGAACCGUCCGCUGCCUGUGUUCUCAUCAUCGAGCCAGGUAAUGCCGACACCAUGAGCGUCAUUCUUUGUACAGCCGGCUAUGACCAUACCAUCCGGUUCUGGGAAGCUCUCUCAGGAAUAUGCUCGCGAACAAUUCAACACCCUGAAUCUCAGGUGAAUCGACUAUGCAUCACUCCAGACAAGAAAUACCUCGCCGCGGCUGGCAGACACAUGGUUCGUCUGUACGAUAUCAAGUCUACCAAUCCAAAUCCGAUCAUGGAAUUUUCUGGCCAUGCAAACAACAUCACCGGCAUUGCUUUCCACUGCGAGGGCAAGUGGAUGGUCACCAGCUCGGAAGACUCGACUGUGCGCGUCUGGGAUACUAGAUCCGGUCAAAUUCAACGCAACUAUCAACACACUGAUCCUGUCAAUGAUGUGGUCAUUCAUCCAAAUCAAGGUGAACUCGUCAGCUGUGAUCGCGGCGGCAAUAUUCGCAUCUGGGACCUAGGCGAGAGCAAAUGCACUCAUCAACUCGUGCCCGUCGAAGGCGUUUCCAUGUCCAGCGUGAGUGUCGCUAGUGACGGCUCUCUUCUUGCGGCUGGUAACAAUCUGGGCGACGUUUAUAUCUGGCGCAUGUAUCAGAACCAUGACUCUACCACACUCCUGCCAUGCCGCGUUUUCAAGGCUCACAAGGACUACUUGACCCGUCUCUUGUUGUCUCCUGAUAUCAAACUACUGGCCACCUGCAGCGCCGAUCAUACCGUCCGCAUCUGGAAGAUUGACAUGAAUGAAGAACAUCUUGAGGUCAUUCCAGAACAGUCCAGUGUCACCAACACUCCAAAUCCAAACAUAUCACAGAGUCAGGACGACCUCAAUGAAGACGGAGACAGUGAGCAGUCACAAGCAAGUCCGGCUGUCCCUGGUGAACAAUCUACAUACAACAAUCGCUCGACUGGUAGUCUCGCUUCGACCUCAAACUCAAUGUCGGCAUCGUCUUUCCGCGCGUUGACCGAUCUCAUCACCAGCCGUCGCCCGUUGCCUUGUGACGCGGCCCUGGACAACCAUCAACGCUGGGUCUGGGAUUGUGCUUUCAGCGCCGACUCCGCCUAUCUCGUCACUGUUUGCAGUGACCACUACGCCCGCCUGUGGGAGCUGGGCACGGCGUCCAUCAUCCGGCAAUACAAUGGCCACCACCGUGGUGCUGUCUGUGUCGCCCUCAACGAUUAUUCAAACCCACCAUAGGAAGGUGACAUCUUGGAAGCGGAGGACGACAAUGCUGUACCAUAGGCAUAGGGUGGCGUUAAAAUGAGCACUUGCCGUGGGAACAAGAUGCAUGAGGCUGGCGAGUUGACCUUGGAAUACGACGGGAAUAAAAAAGCAUGGCGUUAUGGAGC